AUGGCUUAUUCCCGAUGGUGUUGGUUCCCACUCUACUUCGCAGCCUCGAUAGCCCUAGGAGUCAUAGCCAUAUCCUCCGCAGUGCGUUCGAGUUCAAGCAAGAACUCACCCCAAGAAGCCACACCCAUACCCCAUGACCUCUCAAUCAACGCCUCCAACGCUCUACGAAGAUCAGGCUUCAUAGUCAUGGCAGAUCUCCUCCACCACUCUCCCUCCUUCUUCAAACCUCCUCAAAACUCCACCAUCUUCGCCAUCAAAGACUCCGCCAUCAAAAACACCUCACACCCCCUCUGGUUCCUCAAAACCCUCCUCCUCUACCACACCACCACCACCUCCAAACCCCACUCCUUCGACGACCUCCUCCACGUGCCACUCGGCACGUGCCUCCCCACCCUCCUCCGCAACAAAAACGUCUCCCUCACCAAACUCGACCGCGCAACAAACACCCUCGAGAUCAACCACGUUCCCAUCUCAAACCCUAACAUAUUCCUCGCUGACAAACUCGCCAUCCACGGCGUUCUCGCGCCGUUUUACCCUCUGCACCCGCAAGACCUUCUUCAACGCGGUUUCGACUCCGUUAUUCCCUCCCCCACUUGCCGUUCCAACGGUGACGCCGUUAACGGGGUUGAGUGGAGCAAGGUGGUUCGCUCGCUGAGUGCGAAAGGGUACGCUUCGUUUUCCCUGGCUUUGCAUUCGGUUCUUGAUGGGAUAAAGAAAGAGUAUAAGGGCUUGGGUUCUGUGACGGUGUUUGCUCCUCCGGAUUUGGCCCUACUUGGGUACCCUUCGAGUUUUCUUGAUAGAGCUGUGAGGCUUCAUAUUCUGCCUCGGAGGUUUAGCUACCAAGAACUCACUUCUAUGCCGGUGAGGACUCUGUUGAAGACGCUCGUGCCUGAUGAUAGCCUUGAAGUUGACGGGGUUCUGGAUUUCGUGCCAGGGAUGGUGGUUAGUGGUGUGGAGAUUGUGGCUCCUGAUAUGUUGGCUUCCCAGAAUUUCGUGGUUCAUGGGAUUUCUAGAGCUUUCAAGAUGGCUGAGGUUACAUUAUGA